AUGGAGCCAAUCAUGCUGAUGAUCUUCCUAAGUUUGAUAUUGAUUGUUGUCCUUUCGUCUAUUCUUUUACCGCGUUUAUGGGCAUCCCCAAAGGAAAUGGACCCUAUCCCCGGUAGCCUCGGCUGGCCUAUAAUAGGAGAAAGCUUGUCGUUCAUAUCGGAAUUUUCUAGCCCUGCCGGUAUUUACACCUUCAUAAGAAAUAGGCAACAAAUAUAUGGAAAGGUGUUUAAGAGCUUUGUUUUGGGGAGAUAUACUGUGUUCGUGACAGGAAGGGAAGCAAGCAAGAUUCUAUUGACAGGAAAAGAUGGAAUGGUGAGUUUAAACCUUUUCUACACCGGUAAGCAAGUGCUCGGACCGACCAGCCUUCUCCAACAAACCGGGGAGGCUCACAAGCGGUUGAGACGGCUCAUUGGAGAGCCACUUUCAUUAGAAGGAUUGAAAAAGUAUUUCCAGUUUAUAAACACAUUGGCUAUUGAGACACUAGACCAAUGGCCCGGAAAAACAAUCUCAGUCCUUGAAGAAGCAUCUAAUUUCACCCUCAAGGUUAUAGGAAAUAUGAUCAUGAGCCUAGAACCUUACGGAGAAGAGCAAGAGAAGUUUCGAUCGAACUUCAAAGUCAUCUCUUCUUCGUUUGCUUCUUUACCACUCAAAAUCCCGGGAACUGCUCUUUACAAGGGUAUUAAGGCUCGCGACAAGAUGUAUACUAUGUUAGACGCGACAAUAGCCAGGAGGAGAUCAGGACAAGAAACCCAUAAUGAUUUCUUGGAAUCAUUGUUAAGGAAACACAGCAUAGAUGGCUCAGAACAAUAUAGUGAUGAUAAACUAACCGAUUCUCAGCUGAAAGACAACAUUUUAACGCUUCUAGUCGCUGGCCACGACACUACUACUGCUGCUCUUACAUGGAUAAUUAAAUUCAUCGAAGAAAAUCCACCAGUUUUGGAGCAUCUCCGGGAGGAGCACAUGGAAAUUCGUGAUAACCGAAAUCUGGAUGGAUCAUCGACUCUCACAUGGUCUGAAGUGAACAAAAUGCCUUAUACAUCCAAAGUCAUAAGCGAAAGCCUUCGAAGAGCCACAAUCCUUCCUUGGUACUCAAGAAAAGCAGCACAGGACUUUGAGAUCGAUGGCUGCAAAAUCAUCAAGGGAUGGUCCAUCAACUUGGAUGUAGUGUCAAUUCAUCAUGACCCGGAAGUCUUUCCGGAUCCUUACAAGUUUGAUCCAUCCCGAUUCGACGAGCCCUUAAAGCCUUUCAGCUACCUAGGGUUUGGUAGUGGACCUAGGAUGUGUCCAGGGAUGAACUUGGCUAAGCUUGAAAUAUCAAUUUUCCUCCAUCAUCUUGUCUGCCGAUACAAAUGGAGACCUCUAGAGAUGAGUAAUGACUCGGUCCAGCCGACACUUGUCAGAAUGCCAAAGAACAAGUACCCAAUAUUUGUUGAACCGCUAUAA